GGCCCACUUCCGGUCGGUGACGUACUUCCGCUUUGCUGGGCGCGCGGUGGACGGUCUGAAACGCAGAUCUCGGCUUCGGCUGGGGUUUCGCGGCUCCAGAGCUCAGCAUGGCUUCCUCACGAGCCUCCUCCACGCAGGCAACCAAAACUAAGGCACCUGAUGACUUAGUUGCUCCUGUUGUGAAGAAACCACAUAUCUAUUACGGAAGUUUGGAAGAGAAGGAGAGGGAGCGUCUGGCCAAAGGAGAGUCUGGGAUUUUGGGAAAAGAAGGACUUAAAGCUGGAAUUGAAGCAGGAAAUAUUAACAUAACCUCUGGAGAGGUGUUUGAAAUUGAAGAGCACAUCAGUGAACGACAGGCUGAAGUAUUAGCCGAGUUUGAGAGAAGAAAGCGAGCCCGGCAAAUCAAUGUUUCCACUGAUGACUCAGAGGUCAAGGCUUGCCUUAGAGCCUUGGGGGAGCCCAUCACACUCUUUGGAGAGGGUCCGGCUGAAAGAAGAGAAAGGUUGAGAAAUAUCCUCUCAGUGGUUGGUACUGAUGCCUUAAAAAAGACCAAAAAAGAUGAUGAGAAAUCUAAGAAGUCUAAAGAAGAGUAUCAACAAACCUGGUACCAUGAAGGACCGAACAGCCUGAAGGUUGCUAGACUGUGGAUUGCUAAUUAUUCGCUGCCAAGGGCAAUGAAACGCUUAGAAGAGGCCCGUCUCCAUAAAGAGAUUCCAGAGACAACGAGGACCUCCCAGAUGCAAGAGCUGCACAAAUCUCUCCGGUCUUUGAAUAAUUUCUGCAGUCAGAUUGGGGAUGAUCGGCCUAUCUCCUACUGCCACUUUAGUCCUAAUUCCAAAAUGCUGGCCACAGCUUGUUGGAGUGGGCUUUGCAAGCUCUGGUCUGUUCCCGAUUGCAACCUCCUUCACACUCUCCGAGGCCAUAACACAAACGUAGGAGCAAUUGUAUUCCAUCCAAAAUCCACUGUCUCCUUGGACCAGAAAGAUGUCAAUCUGGCGUCUUGUGCUGCUGAUGGUUCUGUGAAGCUUUGGAGCCUUGACAGUGAUGAACCAGUGGCAGAUAUUGAAGGCCAUACAGUACGUGUGGCCCGUGUAAUGUGGCAUCCAUCAGGACGUUUCUUGGGCACCACUUGCUAUGACCGCUCAUGGCGCUUAUGGGAUUUAGAGGCUCAAGAGGAGAUCCUGCAUCAGGAAGGCCACAGCAUGGGCGUGUAUGACAUCGCCUUCCAUCAGGAUGGCUCUUUGGCUGGCACUGGGGGACUGGAUGCGUUUGGUCGUGUUUGGGACCUGCGUACAGGACGGUGUAUCAUGUUCCUAGAAGGCCACCUGAAGGAAAUCUAUGGAAUAAAUUUCUCCCCCAAUGGCUACCACAUUGCAACCGGCAGCGGUGACAACACCUGCAAAGUGUGGGACCUCCGGCAGCGGCGCUGUGUCUAUACCAUCCCCGCCCAUCAGAACUUAGUGACCGGUGUCAAGUUUGAGCCUAUCCAUGGGAAUUUCUUGCUUACUGGUGCUUACGACAACACAGCCAAGAUCUGGACACACCCAGGCUGGUCCCCACUGAAGACUUUGGCUGGCCAUGAAGGCAAAGUGAUGGGCCUAGACAUUUCUUCCGAUGGGCAGCUCAUAGCCACUUGCUCUUAUGACAGGACCUUCAAGCUCUGGAUGGCUGAAUAGGCAGGACCGUGGAAAAAGGACUCUAACCUCAAGCUCUUCCUUAAGAACCAUUUUCAAAAGAAAGGGAUUGAUAUUUUUUGUCCUAUCACGUUUUUUGCCAGUUAUCGUGUGUAGACCCUCUAAAGAAUUGGAUCUCCAGGCCUCCCUCCGCUCCAGGUAGGCAGCCAAGUCUCUGGGUGUUGAUGGACCCAUUUCAUAGUUGAAAUUUUAAUUUUCAUCUUCAAGCCCUGCCAUGGACUGCGUAGACAUUGUUUUUGUUAAUCUUUUGUUUGAAUGCCUUGUUGCCUCCUUCACAGCACUCAGGAUUGUGACUGGCUCCAUUUUUAAUUUUGAAACUUGGCUUUCCAUUACAUGGUACAUGCUUCAGGACUACAUGUGACCCACAGAGCAAGGUGGCUGGCCCGUAGUCUGGAAGCCCUCAACUUAAGAGGCACUUCUCACCACACACCGGUUAACCGAUGCCUGACAGUGGGAACCUUUCCUCUACCUUGAGAAGGGAGAUGAAGAGGUAGACCACAGCUGUGUUCAGAGCGAUGCAGCAAAGAAGAUUUUACCUCUUCCUGUUGAGUUCAAAUGGGAUGCUCACUGCAACAGGAAGCUCAGAACUGAACAUUGGCCCUGUCAGAAAAUAUCCUCCAUUUUGCUCUGAAGUUUGGCAUCCUUCGUGUCAGCCCAAAGCUAGGCCAUCGUGUCAAGAUGCGGUGAAACUUGUAGGAUGCAAACGUGAAGUCUGUGUUGUGCCACCUCCUCUGUGUUGGUUAGAGGACGCACCCUGUGUUUCCAGGUGACUGGAAAAAACCCUAGUGGGCAUUCCUGAACAUAAACCUUUUCUUUUUUUUCUUUAUUACACACUUGCUACAGAGUAAAAUUCUGUCAGAAAAACUGUCCUUUAAAAACUUAUUUUGUAUCGUUAAGCAUUUUCUGAAUCGCAGCCAUCGGUCCAUAGAAGCCCCCCCCCCCUUUUUUUGUUGUUGUUUUUGGUUUGAGAUACAAUGGAUGAUAUUAAAUAUGGCUUAUUCCAGUUCCAGUCUCCUUAUAGUUUUUCGUAGAGACUGUUGGACUGUGGGCGACUAGCGGUGAGGCAUGUCUGGACUCUGUCAUUCGUGCUCCUUGGUCCUGCAGUGGUUACCUUCACCUCUGUCCAUCCCAGAUGUCCGGACACUGAGCACUGGGAGGACACGGUCCAUUCUCACAAAAUACAGGAAUUGGGAAGAAGAAAGGCAUUUGAGAAGGGCUUCUAUGAUGGCUUUUCCUUAAAUGUUGAAGACACUUUCAUUUGCAGUUCCAGAGAGCUUGACAGUGGCUUUGUCUAACUCUGCUUGGCAAACUGUGUGUGAUGAUAUAGCUAAAUAUUCUGUUUCAUUUAAUUUUAAUUCUAACCAGAUAGUUGCAUCUUUUGAGUACCUGUUAAGCUUCUGAAUUACCAGCUCUACCCCCUCUUGGGCACUUGGCAUUUCACUAUUAUUUAAGUAUUAAUGGGCUCUAGUUUCCUCCAUAGUUGGCCACGAAAAAUAAUUCUUUGUUACUACUUUUGUAGUGUGCAUGCAUGAACUAAUAGUGAACGUUAGUGUUUUAGCAUGCAAUUUGGAUAUAGUGUGUUAACAAAGGUUUUUCGUUUUUCAAAUUUGAAUUUUACUAUUAGUUCCAUUAAACUUUUUUUUUUUUUUUUUGGUUGUUCCAAGAGAUGUAGAGGUAGCAGUUGGGUGAGCACAUUUUCACGUAAGCCUUUGGCAAAACAGUUACCUUGUGGAAUAUACAUUUGUGCUUUGGAAACAUUGUAAGGAAACAGCUGAGGAGCAUAAACCAAAUGUAGCAUUUCAUAAUAACGGUGAGAUAAAUAUGAGAGCCACCACUUAAAGGACCUAACUUACUGCCUAGAGACUGUGCUAGGCAUGUUCAGACACCUCAUUUAAUCCUCCCAAUCUUCUGAAUUAUUCUCCUUUGAUAGAGCUGAAGCUCAGAGAAGUAACUUGCUCAAGGUUACCCCAUCGGUGAGUGGUGGAGCCUGGCCUGUCUUCUGUGACCUUAUGAAGAGCUUUCAUAGGGCUAUUGAGUCUGUUGGCACCGCCGGCCGGACAGAGUGACCAGUCUGGUCAGCGUGGCCUAUUUCCUGUACACAUUUUAGCCACUCUACCCUUUAUACCUCUCUUUUGAUGAGUCGCUGCAUCUCUGCGUCUGACUUCAUGCCAAAGGGAAUUACGGUAAUUUCACCACUUCUGCCUCAUGAACUAAUGAAGCACCUAUAGUGUCGACAGGAAACUGUCUUGGGGUAGAUAUCUUGUUGUGUAGAACUUUCUUAAGCAUUGCAGCGAGCCUUAGCAUCCCUGACCUGCGGAGUGCUAAAAGCCAGAAGCACAACCCACCCCCUUCGUUGGACUAGCAAAAUGCUUCCAAACAUUUCUGCGUGCCCCAAGUUUAGAACUACUGAGUGUGAAAAUAGAAGACGCCCUCAUGUUAAAUAUACCCCUCCCUACCCAAAAAACUCAGAUCUACAUUUUUCCUUAUGUGGAUGGUCUAUCAGCCACCGCAAGAGCCGCUGCAAUGCUAUUUUGACUAAAAGGCUUCACCACUUAACUAGCUGGGCUACCUUGAACUAGGUAGCUAAACUUGCGGAGCCUCAGUUUCAUCUGUAAAAUAGGGAUGAGGCUUCCCUCACUCGGAGCAGUAAGCUCCAGUGCAGAGCAGUCGCUCUGGGCUUCUGCCCCCCACCAGCUCCUGUCCCUUUUCUCAUGACUCAGAGAACACGGGAGAUCACUGCCUGAUUUACCUGUCACAAGGUUAAGGAGCAAGGACGUGUAAAGAAAUGAAGUCAGUGGGGAGAGGUUGAGUCCCAGCUUCAGUGCAAUUAUCUUUGAUGGCACGAAUGGAGAGGUAGGUGCUAGUCCCCUGGUGGGUUAUGUAGUGGCUUUCCCAUUUUGUAAUGGAGAAUUUUCACCUUGGCCCUUAACACCAUUUGAUUUUACUGAACACAAAAUACAGGUCUUGGCUAUUUUGGAAUAUCUUGUAUGCAAACAUCCCUUAAUUUAUAGAAGCUAGUUCUGUUAAGCACAAAACUUUAUUUAGAACAAAUAAUACCAACUCAGUUUCUGACUCUGAAAGUUUAUUCCACAAAUCAAAAUACCCCUCAAAUGUUGUCUUUUCAUAAUUGUAAUGGUGUUUUAACCACUUUGAGAUUGUUCCAGAACUGUGGGCCACUGGACAAUAUUAAAACUGGGGAAGAAGAAACAGUUUUAGAUACUGCCUAGGUGGCAAUUUAGAGUUAAACCACCUACGCAUCUAGUUUGCCUUGGUACUGGGAUUAAGUCCCAUGAAAUGAAAACUAGCAUCUCUGUCUGCAUGGCCUGGGAUGGAGCCCUCUAUCCAGGGCUUCUGCCCUACCUCUUGAGGUCAACUGCCUGGAGCAGGGGAGUCAGCUCUGUCCAGCAUCCAGGCUUAAUUAGGGCCUCUGCACCUACCUGGAGGAAUAAAAACCUUUUCUCCAAAUCGCAGAUUUCUUUUGAUCACCUUUACUCUCAACACUCCAGAAGCCACACACCGACAAGAGGUUGUCCUGUACAAGCAGCUGAGGAAACAUGCCGUCCUUGCUGGUAGAGGCUCUCUGUGACCCAUGGAUAUCCUAUCCUUCCCUUCCCCUAGUUCUGACACCACAUCGACCAAGUGGUUAUUGAAUGAGUCAGUGCAUGAGUUCGUGACUGCAGGUGGCAGGACUUCUAAAGAGAAAACUGAAAGAAGGCACACGCCUUUGCUCACAGAAUUGAGGCUCACUUUCCAAAAUUGUAGCAAGAUAUAACAAACAAAUGUGAACCGAGUUGGGAGCAACUCCAGUGAGAAAUGCACUUUCUGGGCUGGUCGAGCUCCCGGAUACCAUCAUCCAGCCCUUGAGCACAACUUGCCAUGUAGCUCUUUGUCCCAGGUCUGCUUCUCUGCCCUUCUUGGCCCAUGGCUCACACCCAGGGGUCUCUUCACACCUUUUCCCAGCCUUUUCGGUUUCAAAUAUUCCCAUUAUAGGACUGUUCCCAGAAGCAAACACCUGGCCUUACUGAUCUCCGGAUUGCAAAAAGGAACAAUACUACAAAGGAAGACAACCCCAAAUGAGGCUCUGAGGUCCCCAUCCCCAGCAGCAGUCAGGAGAGACUUGGUUCCUUGUCCAGAAGCAACGCUCAUCCCACACCCCAAAGGAACUGCUUAGUCCAAAAGACGGAGAAGAUGAGCAACAGGGUGACACUGAGGAUGACAGCCAUCAGGUAAGCAAAGAUCCGGAACUGAGGGUUGCGGAAACACUCCCUCAGAGAGUAGUGGCUGGGGACGGGAAUGGGCAGAGACCUGGGGGAAGGGCCUGCGUCCUGGGGGGGCCCAGUUUGGCCCCCGGGCUCAGGGCCUAGGUCCAGCGUGUAAACCCGGGGCUGGCGCAGGAAGUAGCGGCUCUUAGGCUGGUCCUUGAGACAGAGCUGGUGGCCUUCCAGGAUGACAUGGUGGGGCUCCAGGCGAAGCAGGGUGAGCACGGCAGUAUCCGUGGGCAAGUCCGUGACAGGCUGCCCAGAGGCCAGCACCGUGGGCUGGCGACAGAGGGGGCAGAGCAACCGGCGCCGGGCUGGAGUCACCAGGCUGAGGUGGGCCAGGCAUUCCACGCAGAAGGAGUGACAACAGUCCAGCACUUUGGGGGUGUGGAACGUGUUGUUGAAGGGGUUCCAGCAGACAGGGCACUCAGGCUCCCGGCCCUGCUGCUCGGCCAUCCUCAGAUCGGACACCGCGAGGCCUAGUAGGAAUGUCCUGGCAGAAAGGGCAAAGGAGCAAAGGGACACCCAUUGAGCCCAUCCUUGUGCCUGGCCCUAGGCAAGGAGUCUGUGUGCUGUUGAAAGAUACUGUCACCCACAUUUCACAGAUGAAAAACUCAGCAAUUUGUUCCAGACCACCCAGUUCCUAAGCUGCAAAGUCCAGGGCUCCUGCAGCAUGCCUUCUAUCAGGGCAAAGGCCUGAGCCACCCCACUGUUAACAAGCUGCCCCUGGAGGAGACUGCACCCUGGCUCUGGACACGGAUAGAGUACUCCUUGUGUUCCAUGUGAUCACCCUUGGCUCCUCAGACUCCAGGAAGAGGGAGGGGAACCAGUCAGUGGUUUGUGUUACAGGGCAAAUACUUCCUUCCCUGUGGCCUCAAAUCCCUGACUGGUGUGUGCAGAGAUGGCCUUUGUGAAUCCCCCGGUCUGUCUCUCUGGGGACAAAUGCCAGGCCCUCUUUCCCUCCUCCCACUGGGCUAUCGGGCCAACCCUCCAGAGCCCAUUUGCCCAGUCUGCGCAGGGCACUGCACUGGCCCGGCAAGGGGGGCCCUGGCAAGGCUUUUCCCCUUGACCUGGAAGCUUAGAGACACCCAGGUCCCCAGAUCAGCCCUUCCAGAGCCUCCUCCCAAUACUUGGCCUCUCCUGGCUCCUCCUCCCUCCCUCUGUCCCGGGAAACCCCAGGGCACCCACCUGGGCUUCCUUGGCACUAGGUCGGGCAGACUACCUGAAGGACCUGAGGCUCCGGUCUCUCCCUCUCCUGAAUCCACAAAGCUUCGGGAGACGGCCUUCUCUCCAGCAGCCGCCAACCCCCGGGCCCGUCUCCAUGGCAGCACACACAGCACCUGGAGCUGCCAGGGGGCCCGGGCUGCGGCCUCCUGAGCACACCUGCCCGCGGCAAAGGCCACGGAGCCGCCUGGGUGGCGGAGUGGGGAGGUGGGGGACCAGAGUUCCCCCAGGGCGUGGCACACAGCCAACCGUGGAAGCCAAGCGUCUGCAAGAUUGUGGGCGGUCUCUUCAAGACCUGGGAUCCAAGACCUGGGAAGGGAGGGGUGGCAAUUUCCUUUUUCUAGAUUGUGGAGGGGGUAAGUGAGCCUCUGGGCUGCUUCUCUCCCGGGCCCCCAUUUCUUUCCUAAAGUGGCCAAAGCCUCCUCCACACACAAAGGGGCUGCCUCCCCUGUCCUUUGGCUGCUACGAUGUUCACCUGCUACACAGUCCAAAAUCUCUGCACAUCCUCUCUGGUCCCUCUCUGAUCAUUUUUUUUUUUUUUAAGUUUUUUGUUUUUGUUUUGUUUUAAGUAAUCUCUACACCCAAUGUGAGGUUCAAACUCACAACCCAAGAUCAAGAGUCGUGUGCGCCUCCUCCUGAGCCAGCCAGGUGCCCCCUUUUUCUUUUUUUCUUUUUUUUUUUUUUGAUGUUUAUUUUUGAGAGAGCAUGCACCAGCAAGGGAGAGGCAGAGAGCAGAGACAGAGGGACAGAGGAUCCGAAGCGGAUUCUGUGCUGACAGCAGUGAGCCCAAUGUGGGGCUUGAACUCGAACCGUGAGAUCAUGACCCGAGCUGAAGUCGGACACCUGACCGACUGAGCCACUCAUGCACCCCAAGACGCCCCCUUUGCUGAUCAUUUAAUGUGCCCAAGUAGCUGCAACCAUGCAAGUCUUGCUGCCAUCUUUGUUCUUAGAACACAGACAACCAGCCUGGCAGGCACUGACCACUGAGAUCUUAGAGUCCAAAGGCCGGCCAUCGCUCCACCCUUGGGGACUUAAAAGGGGGAGCCAAGAAGGAGGACAGUUCCAGCCCCGCUUCCCCAUUUCAACCAGAAACACCUGGCUUUUCCCAUAUCGAUCGCUUGAAUAAGCUGAGUGGAGCUGCUGAGGGGAAGAAAAAGUUUAAGAACCAUUUCUCCAUCCUAACCACUCACUUUGCAGACGGGAAACAAGAAGUGACUCUCACCCAAGGUCUCCCGGCUCGUCAGUGGUGUCACCCAGUGGUGACACUAGAGCUUCCAGCUCACCACUAUGCUGCUGCUUAAAGACAACACUCAUCCAUCAGUUCACCUGCCGGGUGCAUAUUGUUAACUACAUAGUAAGUGUUUGCAUCUGGCCCGGGGAUUCCUCGCACCAGGAGUCUCUCGUGGCAAUCCGAGAACCACGCACGGGGCUUGGGGGAACCAAGUCUCCCUUGUGCGCCUCACAUGACACCAUCUGCCCCGAGUUGAGACCUGAAGCAAAACCUGCUUACACUCUCUUGUCCAUAGCUUCCUGGUGUUCUCUCUUCUGUCACUGCUCCGCGCAGGGAAGAGGAAACAAAGGUAUGCAGAAAGGGGAUGGAACAGUCCUGGCCGAAGCCGGGAGAGUUUACCAAGGAUAAUGCCUUCCCCUGUGGACCAUUCAUCCAUUCUACAGUUACUAAGUCAUGUAAUGUUUAUUUCAUUUUUGAGAGAGAGAGAGCGCAGGUGGGGGAGGUGCAGAGAGGGAGGAGGACAGAGGAUCUGAAGCCGGCCCCGCACUGACAGCAGAGAGCCUGAUGUGGGGCCCGAACUCACGAAUCACGAGAUCAUGACCUGAACCGAAGUGGGGGGCUUAACUGACUGAGCCACCCAGGCGCCCCUACAGUUAUUGAGCCCUCACUGCGCGUGCCCCGGAGCGUGGCACUGGGGAAAUGAUGAAUGAAAGAGGCGUGGCUUUGACCUCAGGGCAUUUAGAGUGCUAGGAGGGAAAAAGCUGACUAAUGAGUAGUGGGCAAUGACUAAACCUACCAUUUUACUGCACGCUAUAAAGGACAGAAAGGAAAAUGGGUUCAGGGAACAGGCUCCCUAGGAAACCACCGGGGGAAGGUUUCUUCAAAGAGGUGGUAUGAAAGCUGAGUCUGAAGGACAAGAAACCAGCCGCGCAGCGGGGAGGAAGAACACUCCGGGGCCAUGGGAACAAUGAGUACAAAGCCCCAAGGUGAGAAAAGCCUCUGCCAGAUUCAGGAAGUGAAAGGAGGUGGCUGAGUGUAGUGGGUGGAGCUGGAGCAGGAAAAUGGCUCAGGAUAAGCCAGAGGGAAAGCCUCAGGCCCUGGGGAGCUAAUCUGAAUUUCGUUUGGAGGGAUGGGGGAGGGGGGGUUCAUCCUAUUUCCAUUUUGUUAUUUUUUUUCCAAUUUCCAUUUUAAAAUCACUGUUGCAGGGGUGCCUGGCUGGCUCGGUCAGUAGAAGGUCGAUCUCUGGGUUGUGGAUUCGGGCUCCAUGUUGGGUGUAAAAGUUGCUUAAAAAUAAAAUAUUUUUAAAAAUAAGAAGGGGCGCCUGGCUGGCUCAGUCGGUGGGCGGCCGACUACAGCUCAGGUCAUGAUCUCACGGUCUGUGAGUUCGAGCCCCACAUCGGGCUCUGUGCUGACAGCUCAGAGCCUGGAGCCUGUUUCCGGUUCUGUGUCUCCCUCUCUCUCUGCCCCUUCCCUGCUUGCUGUCUCUCUCUCUAAAAAAAAAUAAAUGAGAAGAAGAAAAAAAAACAGCAUUCCAGCUGCAGAGCAGACAACAGACUGAAAAGGACAGUAGAAAUGCAAGACCAUGAGGGACUUUAUCACCAGGCUGGGGUGGUGGCACUUGAUGUAGACCAGGCCAUGGCAGAGAAGGUCAAAGGGAUGAAGAAAGAACUAUCUGUGGAGAUGAAAUCAAAGGCACUUUCCAAAAAGCAGCGGACAGCGUAGAUUCUGGAACCGUGUUGUUCAGGCUCAUGACUCCAGAUGUGCUGCUUAUUAGGGCUGUGAUCCCAGUUGAAUUGCUUCACCUGUGUUUCAAUAUCUUUUUUUUUUUAAUGCUUAUUUAUUUUAGAAAGAGAGAGAGCACAAGCGAGGUAGGGGCAGAGAGAGAGAAUGAAAGAGAAUCCCGAGCAGGCUCCACGCUGUCAGCGCAGAGCCCCAGUCAGGGCUCGAACUCCCAAACCAAAAGAUCAUGACCUGAGCCAAGAUCAAGAGUCAGCUGCUUAGCCGACUGCACUACCCAGGUGCCCCCUCAAUGUCUUCUUCGGAAAAGGAGGCUGAAAGUAGUACGUCAGAAGAGAAGGCUCUUAGAGCCUGGCAUCCGGCAAAGACUACGUAGGAGGCGGUUGGCAUUAUCCCUGCAAAUGGAUUUGAGAGAAAGGUCAAGCCUCGCCAUGAAAAAGGUUCUGUGUUGAGCUUUGAGGGGCUCCGAAUUCCAGAGUGUGUAUGAAGCAGACCUUUAGUACUUAUCAAAGCCUUAAAAUGUACAUGGCCUUGGGGCACCUGGGUGGCUCAGUCAGUUAAGCGUCUGACUUUGCCUCAAGUCAUGAUCUUGGGGUCCGUGAGUUCAAGCUCCUUGUUGGGCUCUGUGCUCACAGCUCAGAGCCUGGAGCCUGCUUCAGAUUCUGUGUCUCCCUCUCUCUCUCUGCCCCUCCCCAGCUUGUGCUCUGCCUGUCUGUCUCUCUCUCUCUCAAUAAUAAAAAAAGAAGGCACAUGGCCUUGAUUCAGAAGUUACCCCACUGGGCAUCUGUCCCAUGGACAUAAUCAAGGACUUCUGCUAAGGCUUGACUGUAGAGAUGCCCAUAGAAGCACAGCUCUAACAGCCUAGUAUGGAAAACUGCUUACUCAUUCAAUAGUGGGACGUCAAUUAAAGAUAUUCUGCUCUAUCCCCGUGAAGAGACACUUUGCAGCCUUUAAAAUGAUGUGAUAAAACAUCUAUUAAUGUGGAAAUGUUUGUGAUGCCAUUAAGCAAAAAGAGUAAUAAAAUCCUAUCAUGACCGUAUAUCCAAUAUAUGUAUGCAGUGGAAGAAUUGUCUGGAAAAACAAACACCAAAAUGUCAACAAUGGUUAUCUCUGGGAGUAAGAUUAUAGGUGUUUUUUUGUUUUGUCUUAAAUUCUCUCAUCUGAGGGGCAUCUGGGUGGCUCAGUCGGUUAAGCGGCUGACUUCUGCUCGGGUCAUGAUCUCAUGGUUCGUGCUGUCAGCUCAGAGCCUGGAUCCUGCUCUGGAUUCUGUGUCUCCCUCUCUCUCGAUCCCUCCCCCAUUUACAUUCUCUCUCUCUCUCUCUCUCUC